AUGCCGGAAAUCGAUGGUACCCAAAGGCGUCAAGUUUAUCAGCGAUUAGCCGCUAGUUUGAGAACUGGCACGUCUAAAGUAUUUCGUGUAGUGAGGGAGCACUUGUCUCCAAUGACAUCUCAGAGACGUGCAGUAGUCAAGACCACGGUCACGACCACAACUACCACAAAGGUCGUCGAGACCAGGGCUAGGUCGAUGACCACUGUAGAGACAACGACGACCACGGCCUCCACGACCAAAGUCGCCACCGCCGACUGCAUCAGAACGAACCCAUGCCUAACUACAAUCGCAUACGUUAAAUCCGUCGUACCUUCUGACGGAUUUAAAAAAGGUUUUGAAGACCACGCAGACGAUGACCACAACCACUACAACUACCACGACCAACAUCGACCCGAUCGCCAAAACCACAACCACCGUCAGGAAAACUAA